AUGGCGCGCGCCGGUGCUGUGCGGAGUGUCGCGCGCGUCGCCGUGUGGCUUUGCUUCGUGCUCGGAUGCUCGGGAGCGCAGGGUUCUGAGUCCCCGCGGGGCUUUGUGGAGCUGCGUUUUGUGCUUGAGCCCCAGGACGUGGUGACAGUUCGAGGGGGCGUAUUGCAGCUGGACUGCCAGGCGCGGUCAGACCAGGGCCUCCCCAUCAUCUCCUGGAAAAAGGAUGGCGUCCUACUGAGCUCAGUGGUGGAUGAGCGCAGGCAGCAGCUGGCCAACGGCUCGCUUCUGGUGCAGAAUGUGGUGCACUCGCGGCACCACCGGCCUGACGAGGGGUCCUAUCAGUGCCUGGCCACCCUGGAGGGCGUUGGAGCAAUCGUCAGCCGCACAGCUAAGGUUACAGUCUCCGGUCCUCUCCGGGUGGUGGUCCCCACUGAGUCCGUCUCGUCGUUCAUGGGCGAUACGGCACUGCUACGCUGCGAGGUAACAGGAGAGCCGAUGCCGGUGGUCCGCUGGCAGAAGAACCGCGUAGACCUGCCCACGGCUUUUGACCUGGACAGCCGGGUGGUGGUGCUGCCGUCUGGCUCACUGCAAGUCAGCAGGGUCCAGCCACCGGACUCCGCCACAUAUCGCUGCCUGGCAGAAAAUCCAGGGAGUGCCCGCACAGGCACCGAUGCUGACCUGAGGGUUUUGCCUGAGCCUGGAGUGGUGAGAAACCUAGUGUUCCUCCAAAGGCCGACGAAGGUCACGGCUCUACAGGGCAAAGACGCUGUUCUGGAAUGUUCCGCCUCUGGCUACCCCACCCCCUCCUUCUACUGGAUGAGGGGCAACGAGAUGAUCCAGAGCAGAUCGAGAAAGUACUCGCUGCUGGGCGGCAGCAACCUCCUGAUCAGCAGCGUGACGGACGACGAUUCCGGCACCUACAGCUGCGUAGCGUACAACAAAAAUGAAAACAUCACCUCUUCCUGCGAACUCUCCAUACUAGUUCCUCCCCAGUUCCUGAACUAUCCGUCCAACAUGUACGCGUACGAAAGCACGGACAUAGAGAUGGAGUGUGCAGUGACCGGAAACCCCCAGCCCAACGUCCACUGGGUGAAGAACGGAGAGGUGGUCAUCCCCAGUGACUACUUUCAGAUCGUGGAGGGUGGCAACCUGCAGAUUCUGGGGCUGGUGCGCUCCGACGAGGGAUUCUACCAGUGCGUGGCGGAGAACGAAGCGGGAAAUGCCCUGGCGAUGGCGCAGCUCAUCCUGCUAGAGCCAGUUGUCCCGAGCUCAGGCGCCCUCCCUUCCGCCCCCCGUGACGUGGCCCCUGUCCUAGUGUCCAGUCGCUUCACGCGCCUUGGCUGGCGCCCCCCGCUGGAGACACACGGGACCAUCCUCACCUAUGGGGUCUUCUACUCCCAGGAGGGAAUCAACAGAGAGCGUUCAGUAAAUGUGUCGGAGCCAGAGAGUCUCCAGCUGACGGUGAGCAGUCUGAAGCCCGAGGCAGUGUACACUUUCAGGGUGGUAGCCUACAACGAGCUCGGCCCAGGAGAGAGCUCUGAGCCAAUCCGGCUGACCACACAACCUGAACUUCAGGUUCCUGGUCCUGUUGAGAACCUCCAGGCAGAGGCGUCAUCCCCCACCUCUAUUCAGGCUUCCUGGGACCCCCCAGCUUAUGCCAACGGCCCCAUCCAAGGCUACCGGCUCCUCUGGACUGAGACGUCCAGCGGCAAAGAGCAGAGUGUGGAGGUUCUUGGCCAGAGCUACAGGAUGGAGGGUCUAAAGAAGUUUACAGAGUAUUCUUUACGCGUGCUGGCGCUGAACCGCCACGGACCGGGCAUCAGCACUGACGAAAUGGUCAUCACCACCCUGUCUGACCUUCCAAGUGCUCCUCCCCAGAACAUUUCUUUGGAGGUGAUCUACUCACGGAGUAUUAAAGUGAGCUGGCAGCCUCCCGCGGCCAACGCGCAGAACGGCUUCAUCACGGGCUACAAAAUCCGCUAUCGUAAAACCGGACGGCGUGGCGAGCAGGAGGCCAUCGAACCCAACAACCUCUGGUAUCUCUUCACCGGGCUGGAAAAAGGCAGCCAGUACAGCUUCCAAGUGGCGGCCAUGACAGUCAAUGGCACGGGUCCGAGCAGUGAAUGGUUCACAGCCGAAACCCCAGAAAACGACCUCGAUGAAACUCAAGUCCCGAACCAGCCGAGCUCUCUGCAUGUCCGUCCGCUCCCCAACAGCAUCAUCAUGAGCUGGACACCCCCACUGAACCCCAACAUCCUGGUCAGGGGCUACAUCAUUGGGUAUGGGGUUGGCAGCCCUUACGCUGAGACGGUUCGAGUGGACAGUAAGCAGCGAUACUACUCUAUUGAAAACUUGGAGCCCAGCUCACACUAUGUGAUCUCCCUUAAGGCCUUCAAUAAUGCAGGAGAGGGAGUGCCCCUCUAUGAAAGUGCUGUGACCAGAUCAAUGUCAGACCCUGUCGACCCAUCAGACGAUGAUUUGUUCCAUCUCUUUGAUAAAUUCCCCACCCCCAUCCCAGAUACGUCCACUCCCAUGAUCCCCCCUGUAGGCGUGCAGGCCGUGGCGCUGACCUCAGACUCGGUCAGGGUCAGCUGGGCCGACAACUCCAUCAGCAAGAACCAGAAAUCCAGUGAAGUUCGCUACUACAGCGUCAAGUGGAAAACUAGCCACUCCACCAGCGGCAAAUACAAGUCGGCAGACACGACGGCACUGAGCCACACUGUGACUGGUCUGAAACCCAACACCAUGUAUGAGUUUGCUGUCAUGGUAACCAAAGGCCGCAAGUCCAGCACCUGGAGUAUGACCGCCCAUGCCACCACCUAUGAAGCAGCACCGAGCUCCGCCCCUAAGGACUUGACCGUGAUUGGUCGUGAGGGCCGACCCAGAUCCAUUCUCAUCAGUUGGCAGCCGCCCCUCGAAGCUAACGGCAGGAUUACAGGUUAUAUUGUGUACUACACGCUGGAUAAGAACAUGCCUAUAGACGACUGGGUGAUGGAGCCCAUCAGUGGAGACAGGCUGACCCACCAGGUUAUGGAUCUAAAUCUGGACACCGUCUACUAUUUCCGCAUCCAGGCCAAAAACGCCAAGGGAGUGGGGCCACUUUCUGACCCUGUCCAGUACAGGACAUCGAAAGUUGAGCACCCUGACAAGAUGGCCAAUGACCAAGGUCGUCAUGGAGACAGCGGCUACUGGCCCUCUGACAAUAACCUGAUUGACAGGAGCAGUCUGAACGAGCCCCCCAUUGGUCAGAUGCGGCCCCCCCAUGGCAGCGUGACCCCUCAGAAGAACAGCAACCUGCUGGUCAUCAUCGUAGUGUCUGUGGGCGCCGUCACCAUCGUGGUCGUGGUCAUAGUGGCUCUUAUUUGCACACGACGAACCUCCGCCCAGCAGAGGAAAAAACGGGCCACUCACAGUGCAGGGAAGAGGAAAGGAAGUCAGAAAGACCUUCGGCCUCCUGACCUGUGGAUCCACCACGAGGAGAUGGAGCUGAAGAACAUUGAGAAGCCCUCAAGCUCCGCCCCCUCUGGCCGCGAAUCACCUAUCCAGAGCUGUCAAGAGAUUGCUCCGGUCAGCCACAGCCAAUCAGAGAGCCAGAUGGGCAGCAAAAGUAGUCACUCAGGUGGUGAUGCGGAUGAAGCCUCAAGCAGCAUAUCCACGUUAGAGCGCUCCCUGGCUGCCCGGAGGGCCACGCGCACCAAAAUGAUGAUUCCUAUGGACUCUCAACCCAGCAAUACACCGGUGGUGAGUGCCAUCCCAGUGCCCACUCUGGAGAGCACUCAGUAUCCGGGCAUCCUGCCCUCGCCCACCUGUGGGUACACCCCCCACUCCAAAUUCACUCUCAGACCGAUGCCCUUCUCCACACUCACUGUGGACCGCAGCUACGCCUCAGCCAUGGCAGCCGAAGGGGCGGCUCCACUCGGCCCGCAGCAGCAGCCGGCCCUGAUCCCCACGGUGCAGUCCGAACCGUCAGGCUCAGAGGAAAUACCCAGCCGCACCAUCCCCACCGCCUGCGUACGGCCCACCCAUCCCAUGCGCAGCUUCACUAACCCACUACUGCCCCCUCCCAUGGGCACCAUCGAGCCCAAGGUCUACACACCCAUGAUGCCCCAGACAGGUGGAAGUCUUCCUAAACCCCAGGUCAAAACAGCCUCUUUAGGGCAGGCUGGAAAAGCUAGAUCACCAUUACUGCCCGUGUCAGUCCCAACUGCCCCCGAAACAGCAGAGGAGGGCCAGAAACCACCUGAAGACCCUGCAAGUGUAUAUGAACAGGAUGAUCUGAGUGAACAGAUGGCCAGUCUAGAGGGGCUGAUGAAGCAGCUGAACGCCAUCACCGGCUCGGCCUUUUAACGUCCAGGGCGGACUGCAUGCGUCCUGAACCCAAGUUUAGGCAGAGGAACGAGACACUUUG